AUGUCUACACCAGAAACACCUCUGUUCGUUCUUCUCGAGCUACUGAAUGCUAGGGACUUCCAUGGGAAAGCCUUUCCCAUCGCGUUCCAUCGUCCGGAAGGAAGUCCUCAGCUGUCCGUGGAAGAGGGUGUCGAAUACAUCCGCAAAUUCUCUUCAUCAGGCGAAUUGACACGUCUUCUACAAGACCACGGCGCCGUCGUAUUUCGCGGAUUUGGGCAUCCCUCGGCGGAAACUUUCUCAAAGCUUGUUAUUGCUGCUGAGGAAGCCCGAGGAAACAAACCUUUUGAACAGAUUGGCCUUGCUGGAAAAAGACUCACUAAGGCACCAGAAGUAUUCAGUGCGAACGAAGGUCCUCGGACUCGUAGAUUCUACCAACAUAAUGAGUACGCUCGGUACACCCAUUUCCCCGGCUUCAUUCAUUUCUAUGCCACGGUGACCGCCGACGAAGGUGGCAAAUCACCCAUUGCCAACAUUCUUGAGAUUUAUGAACGGGUCAAAGAAGAACUGCCGGAGUUUGUUGAAGAACUUGCGAAGCGUGGUCUAACCAUGCGGCAAGUUUAUCCUCCCGCCGGACACAAUAGAGGAAAUGGAAAUUACUUCGACUGGACCCAAGAGUACUGUUUUGGACAAAAGAUAUUGCCGGAGGACGACGAGCCGACACGGCGACGCAAAGAGGAAGAGCAGGCGCGUAGGCUCACUCCUCGUUUCAAAUGGUUGGACGAUGGCUCUCUGGAAGUCAUUCAAGAUGUCCCAGCCUUCCGCCGUAUAAACCCCGACAUGGUACCUUACAAACAACUUCAUGUAGGCCAGCGUGGGUCUGCCAUCGACCAAAAAGCAACCAAACCCCCCUUCAUUGGGACGGACGGACUGCACUUACGUCGUGACCCUGAUUUCCCUAAAUCAUUUAACCUCUUGCUAGAUCUCCGACCUGGAUAUGGUGACGGGACACCAAUCCCUGAGAAAUGGCUAAAUCGUGUCAUCGAGAUCACCCGCGAAUUGGAAUAUGUACAUACAUGGGAAGCUGGCGACUUGGUAUUCGUUCAUAACCAUCGCACAACUCAUGGACGCGCGCCAUGGGUAGGCGAGAGAGUAGUUCUGGUAAGCAUGUGGGACGCUUUACCCGGAACGCUCUCAGAGUACUAG